UCAGCAGCAAACAAGCCAUCAUAUCCACCCCAUCUCCUGGAUCCGAGUUCAAACAAAAGAAGGUGAGUGUUGCCCCUCACCCCUGAACCCCACAUUGUUGUGCGAUUCUUGCAACCAUCGCACGUCCUUUUGUUAUCUCCUCCCCCCUAUCGGUCCUAGUCCGAGCUGCUAAUUCUUUCCCCCUCUUUUUGCAACAAUACAGCCCUCGGUUCAUCCCUUUCGCAAUUAGAUUCAUCGGUAACUACGGACAAACUCAGUCACGAUGGACGAAUUAAUUGCCCAGUUUACAAGUAUCACCGGCGCUACCAGCCGCAAGGCUGAGAUUUACCUCAAGGUUUCGGAUGGAGAUCUUCCACAGGCGAUACAGUUAUAUUUUGAUACCGGCGGAGCUGAUAUGGAGUCUGGACCUUCUGCACAAACAGCCCCCCCACCCCCGCCACCCCCUCCCGUGUUACCUUCAAGGCGUACCCUAAUCGAUGAGCCUAUUGAGAUUGGUGAUGAUGAUGAUAUGGGCGAUGACAACGAUGACGACGAUGAUGAUCUAAGAGAAGCGUUAAGAGCUAGUGAACCUGCUAGGGCUACCGCUGCUACUCCUGGUAGUGGGUCUGGGUCUGGCGUUAAUUCAGCGUAUGACGAGGAUGAAGCUAUCGCUAGGAGGUUGCAGGAGGAGUUUUACGGGGAAGCUGGUGGUGCUGGUAGCAGUGGUGAAAAUGGUGUUAGGGCUCCGAUCGCAAGGACCAGAGAUACGCUCAUCGGUGGCGAUGACUAUGGGUACCCUGAAACCAUAGCUGAGAGGAGAGGAGGUAGAUCCUUCUUGCGAUGACACCCACAGGUUUGCGGAGACGUACUGAUUCUGUGGGUCAUAGCUGCGACUGGUCACCGUGGCGUAUUCGGUCUACGAAGCGCCGCAAAUGUUUGGGCCUCUGAGGGUAUGAGUGGUGAUGAGUUACUUUCCGAGGCCGCUGGAGGGGCUUCCGAAUCCUCGCCCAAGACCAGUAAGCUGGCAGAGAUUUUCCGACCUCCGUUUGAGAUUAUGACCAAUCUAUCUUUCCAGGACGCACGGGAGGAAGCAAAGGAGGUAGAGAAGUGGAUUCUUGUCAACAUUCAAGAUAACUCUCUCUUCCCCUGCCAAACUUUGAAUCGGGACAUAUGGAAAGCCGCUGAGGUGAAGGCCACAGUCAAGGAGAACUUCGUUUUCCUUCAAAUGGACCGUGCGGGGAGGGAUGGGAAAGACUAUCUUAGAUUAUACAUGGACAACGCCGUCGACGAUAGAGCACUUUUCACAACGGGGACUAAAGCCGAGGAUGUAUUUCCACACAUUGCGAUCAUUGAUCCCCGAACCGGCGAGCAGGUGAAGGUUUGGACAGAUGUGCCGAAAAACCCCCUAGAGUUUGUUAUGGUCCUACACGAGUUUCUAGAUCGCUACUCCCUCAAAGUUGACGCCAAGAACCCCAUUCAACGAAAGACCAAGAUUAAAGCCAGCGUUGCCCAUAUGACAGAGGACGAAAUGAUGCAGCUAGCGAUGCAAAACUCUCUCAGUGGCACUAGCACUCCUCCAGGCGCAGCUUCCGACCCCGACGAUCUCACCAAGGCUGGUGGGUCAUCCUCUGAGGUUGGCGACUUGAUGGAAUUCGAAGAUGCACAGGAAACCCAAGCCGACACGUCUGGUGAACCGGAAUCUGUGUUUUGGAAAAUUCGCGGGGAUAAACAUCAUGCCGAGCCGUUGAAUGGUCCGGACAUCACGCGCAUACAAUUUAAGAUGUCAGAUGGCUCACGCGUAGUUCGCAAGUUCUUAUUGAAAGAUCGUGUGGAGCGGUUGUUUGAGUACGUCAAAGCGGACCUUCUUCCCGAGCACCAAGAGAAGAGGAAAUCUGCCGUCGACGGUAAAGAGGACUCGUUGGUGGGGAAGGAAUUUGACCUUGUGUCCUUGGGCAAAAAGCUCAUUGAUCAUCUUGAAGAGACCAUCGAUGAGGCAGGCUUGAAGAUGGGGACUGUUAUGGUAGAAAUCGUCGAU